GAGGACGAACAGGAAGUGUGUUCCUAACCAACUCGUCAGAGGGGGGGGCGCGUGAAGGCGGCGUUCGUGUCUUCAGAUGUAUUUCUUUAUCUGCUCUUCAUCUAUAGCAGGCGUUAUCAGUUGAUUGUCUAUUGUGCUGUAAAUACGGCGUGUUUCUGGUUGAAAGCGACGUCUCGGGGCUGCUCUGUGCUACUCGGCUGGCUCAGCCCCCCUCCUGCUGUGAGCUGAACUUCCCGUUGCGGGAGACAAAGUGGGGGGGGAAACGGGAACCAGUGCGCACAGGGUGGCGUUGAAAAGACGCAUUUGUUUCUUGGUGAAAAAGUAGCAGACCUAAUAAUUAGUCCGCGGUGUGUAUAUUUCCGUGGGGCGGUUGUACGUGUGCACCAAGGCCGAUGACAGCGCGGAUCACUGCUGCAGAGGGGAUUUAAUGGCACCCUCGGGUCGGUAGAGGUUUCUUCUUCUCCCCCCGACGAAGGACCCUCGCUCGAAGUGCACUCGGGCGCUGUCCUCACCGGGGGGUUUUUUCCACUCCAAUCCCAGCCUGGACUAAGCAAACAAGGGACAGAUUUCUGCCCCCAGCAACCAGCAGCAGCUCCGGCACCACCCCAGGCAGCAGCGCUCACGCUGUCCGAGUCCCAGGAGCUGAAACAUGGCAGGAAAUUUGAAGAAAGGCGGCGGGCUGAUUGGCAUGAUGAAGGACGCGUUUCAGCCUCACCAUCACCUCCACCACUCCCAUCACCAGCCCGGGGCUGUGGACAAAAAGACCGUGGAGAAAUGUUGGAAACUCAUGGACAAGGUGGUGCGAUUAUGCCAGAACCCUAAGCUCGCCCUCAAGAACAGUCCUCCGUACAUUUUGGACCUGCUGCCCGACACCUACCAGCAUCUUCGCACCAUCCUGUCCCGUUACGAGGGCAAGAUGGAGACUCUGGGUGACAACGAGUACUUCCGCGUCUUCAUGGAGAACUUGACGAAGAAGACGAAGCAGACCAUCAGUUUGUUCAAGGAAGGCAAAGAGCGCAUGUACGAGGAGAACUCGCAGCCGAGACGAAACCUGACCAAACUCUCGCUAAUCUACAGUCACAUGCUGGCUGAGCUUAAAGCCAUCUUUCCCAGCGGUCUGUUCCAGGGGGAUAAUUUCAGGAUCACGAAGGCAGAUGCAGCGGAAUUCUGGAGAAGAUCAUUCGGAGACAAGACUAUCGUUCAGUGGAAGGUCUUCCGACAAGCGCUGCACGAGUUUCACCCGAUCAGCUCUGGUUUAGAGGCCAUGGCCCUCAAGUCCACAAUAGACCUCACGUGCAACGACUACAUCUCAGUCUUCGAGUUUGACAUCUUCACCAGGCUGUUCCAGCCAUGGUCGUCGCUGCUGCGGAACUGGAACAGCCUUGCCGUGACUCACCCAGGAUACAUGGCUUUUCUGACCUACGACGAGGUCAAAGCUCGCCUGCAGAAGUUCAUCCACAAGCCUGGCAGCUACAUAUUCAGGCUGAGCUGCACUCGUCUGGGCCAGUGGGCCAUCGGCUACGUGACUGCAGACGGGAAUAUCUUGCAAACCAUUCCCCACAAUAAACCCCUCUUCCAGGCACUCAUCGACGGCUUCCGGGAAGGAUUCUACCUGUUCCCCGAUGGCCGUACUCAGAACCCAGACCUCACAGGGCUGUGCGAGCCCUCACCUCAAGACCAUAUCAAAGUCACACAGGAGCAAUACGAGCUCUACUGCGAAAUGGGCUCGACCUUCCAGCUGUGCAAGAUAUGCGCGGAAAAUGACAAGGACGUAAAGAUUGAGCCUUGUGGCCACCUCAUGUGCACGUCUUGCCUCACCGCAUGGCAGGAAUCAGAGGGCCAGGGAUGCCCUUUUUGCCGCUGCGAAAUCAAGGGUACGGAACCCAUUGUGGUUGACCCCUUCGACCCCAAAGACAACAGCGGAGGUUCCUAUGGGGGCUGCAGGGGCAUGUUCGGAGCAGAGGGGGCGCCCUCGCCAAGCUACGACGAUGACGACGACGAUCGUCUGGAAGACCCUCACCUCAUGAUGAGCAAGCUGGCUUGUACUAAAGUGGAGAGACCUCCAUCCCCACUGUCAAUGCCACCCCAAUCAUCUUUGCCCCCAGUACCGCCACGUCUAGACCUCAGACCCCCAAAUCCUCCAGGGGCCUCCAGUCCUGGGGCCACAUCUAAGGCUUCGGCACAUCACAAGGACAAGCCGUUGCCUCUGCCGCCAGCCCUGCGAGAUCUUCCCCCUCCACCUCCUCCCGAGCGGCCUCAUUCUGCCGGAGCUGAUGGUAGAAUCCUGAGACGGCCACUACCCUGCACGCCUGGAGAACCCCCUCGUGAUAAACCACCUACCCCACCCAACCGCUGUGCGGCUGACUGGAACCUACGCCCAGUCCCCAAAGCUCCUUCCCAGAUGCCUGCUGUAGGAGGAGAGACCCGUGGGUCACGGGAACUCUCCAACAGACACUCCCUUCCGCUCGCCUUGCCCUCGGCUCUUGAUGGUCAGCGGAACAGCAACUCUACCAGUCUCGAGCACCAGCUGUGUUUUGGUGCGACAGCCUCUGGUGGAUCCGAGUACGACAACCCGAAAGUGAAGCCCUCCGCAUCAGCCAAUGCCAUUUAUUCUCUUGCUGCCAGGCCCCUUCCGGCAGUGAAACAGAUCGAGGACGACUGUGAGAAUUUUGACGAUUCUGACUACAUGACUCCCAGUUCUCUGCCUGUUCUGGGCAGUAUGACUCCUUCACUAGGGGAGGCAGUACCCAGGCCCCACCACACAAACACUGUUAACUCCAGGGGCUUGAUCAGUGACCUGGACCUCGAAGGCCCACAGAUGUAUGAAGCCAUGUAUAACAUUCAGGCCCAGGCCCUCAGCGCCACUUUGUCUUUUCAAGCCAGCGAUUCAGACUACUCCGAACUGCCUCCGUCGGUAAACAGUAACGGACCGCAGGAUCACGAUUGUGACGAUGAGGAAGAGAACGGCUAUGACUUUCCCAAACCGCCUCUGCCGAUUGCUCGACGCACACUCUCGGAGGCGAGCAGCUCAUCCGCCGCGUUCAGUCGCCUCUCUGUGGACAGCGAACCGGGAACCUCGAUGUCUGACUCUGCAGAAGCUCCUGAACGUCCCCCAAAACCCCUGCCACGCCGCAUCAACUCGGACCGCCGUCCGAGCCCCGUUCCCCCAGCCGCUGCCGCCGCGUCCAGCAACCCGCAGAUGAGCAGCGAGAUCGAGCUACUCAUGAGCCAGGGCUACUCGCACCAGGACAUCCAGAAAGCUCUGAUGAUCGCGCAGAACAACAUCGAGAUGGCCAAGAACAUCCUGCGCGAGUUCGUCUCUGUCCCCUCGACGGCACACAUCCUCACAUAGCAGCGCUUCCUGAUCCAGAGCGAGUCCCAUCUCUCUCCCUCUCUUUGCUCCAGGGCCGUCCUCCCAUGAGUGUGCAUCGUUCAUGCGUGAGGUGCAGGCCUCAUCCGGCUCCUGCGUGCUGUUAGCCAGCAAGGGGCAGCGUUCUUGAAGUUAGCCUCGUGGCACUGCACAUCCACUGAGGCUUUUAGUCAAACUCAAGCAAGGACAAAAAUUGUGUGUUUUUAUAUAAUAAUUUAAUUUAUGAAUCCAUAUAGUUAAUAUAUACACAUUUGAGGAUGGAGAGGUUUAGGGGCAGGUCCAGAGCAUGUGUGUGUGUGUGUGUGUGUGAGAUGUCUGGGGAAAGGGAGGGAGACUCAUCAGCACUGCUGUUCUGUCAAUUAUUGAAAAACUGCAGCUGAAUGCUUGCUGGUGUCGAAUAUCGCCUUUUGUGUUGUUCUGGUACUUUCUCGAGGUGUUUGUGUGUUUGUCAUGUUUUAAAGUGGCAGAGCUUAAGUGACCGACCGUCUUUGAUGUUUAUCUGAUUCGACGCCACGUGCCGGUGACGUUUAGUCACGUUCACAUUCUUCUCCCGCUCUGUGCGCGCGCGCGUGUGUUUGUGGGUUCGCGUGCUGUCACUGGACGCUGCCAGAGAACGUUAGCUUUCCCCGCCAUCAUCCGUCACUCGCAUCGCCUCUCUGCUGCUGUGUAGCAUUACUGUAACUGAUCCACGUUUCUAACGCAGAAUCGCAUCUCGCAGCUUAAAUCGAACACGUUCGAAAGUUUGUAAUUCCCGCCCAGAAAACGUGAAAAGAUUGAGCUCCGGAUGGAAACGCGACACCUUUCUCAGAGUCCCGAAGAAGCCGACGGCUUGUGUUUGUGUUGCAACCUUUCGUUGGGUGUUAGAGCGCGCGCGCGCGCGCGUGUGUGUGGUGUGUAUAUGGGUCAUUACUCUAAUGGUAAAGUGAUGGGCGUUUAUACGUGAGCUUGUUCUAGGGUUUUCUAACAGCUUAGUGGGGAGUUGGACACAAAGCGAGGCGCUUUGUGCAAAGGAAGUGUUUGCUUAAACAGUUUCGGUGUGAAAUCAGGACGUGAAUCGGUGAGAUUUUUGUCUGAAACUGUUCAUCUAAGUGAAAUUAUUAUUUUUAUUGUUAUUAUUAUUAUUAUUAUUAUUAUUAUUAAUUCAGAAGUGCUUUACUGCUGCUACUCUUGUUAGUGCUAAACAAUUAAGCCUUAAAUGUAUAUUUGUGAAUAUUGUGUUUAACCUGUUUUAAAGUGACAGUAUCUGUUCGGUUGAAUUAGAUGAUGAUGAUGAUGAUGAUGUAGCAUACUUGAAAUUGCGAGCAGCUUGUGCAGCUCCGGGCCCAAGCUGGCGUCUGUUUUGAGAUCGCUUUAGUUUAUUUUUUUUUUCCGUAUCCGCAUUGUUCCCGAUUGAGACGUCGGCGUCAUCACUGGAGCACGUUAACACGAACGAGAAAAAAAAGUGUGUGAACAAACACAUCAUUGAAGAAAACUUGCUCUUAAACAUGGAGCAGCUGUUCAGAAAGCGUUACGAAACGUGUUUCAGUCUUAACGUUUCAGUCUCCCUGGUGUCUUUUUUUUUUUUCUUUUCUUUUCCCCCUUUCCUCUCAGGAAUACUGUACAUCCACGCAGAGACUCUUAUCAGUAUUGAACGGGAAAUGAAAUGUAUCCGUGUUCUCUUAUUCAGGGGCAGCAGCAGCACUGAGCGACUACUUUGAAGUCUCGGACUAACUAAUUUAUCAGUGACGUCAGCUUUCCUCAGAUCUCAGAAAUCGAACGCGCGCGUGAGUGUGUGCUAUAGUACAUGGCGAAAGUCGCUAGCUUAUGAAGCCCUGGAGGAAAUGAACGUUCACUCGUACAUGCUUUUUCAUCAUUCUUUUUGGUAUUAUUUUUUCCCCAACUUUGAGAUAUUGCACUGGCAUAGCAGGUACUUCCACAAUAUGAAGCUUGUAGGUACAACCUUGUCAACCAGAAAGGAGCAUCAUCUAGCAGUGUUUUCUUUCUGACAUGGCAAGCAGGUCAUGUUUCAUAGUUCAGUAUUUCUGUUUUGGUUUUUUUUUUUUGUUGUUGUUUUUGUUUUUGCACCAUGUGAAGUAGUGAAGCUUUGUGGGUUUUUUUUUUUCCAGAUCAGAGCUAUUUUUUUAUCCUGAUUACUGUAUAUAUAUGUGUGUGAAUGUGAGUUUGUGCGUGCGCUCUCAUUUACACACAUACACACACACACAAACACACACCUUCUGUGUCUUGCAAGAUUUCACACCAAUCUGUGCUCCGAUACUGUCACUUUAAAAUCAAGCGUAUAAAAUGACUUGUGUAUAGAAUACAUGGAAACGUUCUAUGUCUGAUUUUCAUUUUGCAUUCCUGUACAUGUCAGAUUUUUAUUUUUUUUUUUCCUUCCUCUCCGUUUUUUUUUUUUUUUUUGUACUGAUGUGAAUAAUACUGUGAGCAGUGCCAUAUGUCUAGAAAAUGUCCUGAAUAAGGCCUUGUGAAUGAGCGAACGUGUCCUAGUCUAAGUGAUCCGUUGUAUGUUAACCCCCUCCCUGUCCCCCGUUGCUGAACUCUUUUGAAGUGACGUUGUGUUAAAUAGCUGUUAACUGGAACGUAUUUUGUAGACCACGUGAGGGCGAGCGUUCCUCAUUUUGCAAUGACUUCAUUAAGUGUUACACCUCCGAUCACCCCCGCCCACCCACCUUUGUUUUUCCCUUAUUCUCAUAUCACUUUGGACGUAUGCACAGGACUAAACUGUCUAAUUAAACAAAUAGAAACGAAGAUAGUGUCCUCAGUCUCUAAUUUUAGGUACUGUAGUGGUACAGACGUCCACCCGGUGCUGUAGAAGUCACCCCUCUACUGCGAGAAUAGCGCCUGCAUCGGGCGAAGUGUUAAAGCUGGGUUUCUACAGAAAACAGUGUUAAAGGGGGAACGUGCUACAAGUCCGGAUGUGCGUGUUAAUAUUAACCCAACAACGUCAGAUUCUCAUGAACAUCUCUUACCACUCUUGGUAGUCGCGCCUUAAUUAGAAUCGAGCAUCUCAGACCUGGACGUACAAGAGGGAGAAAGAGAGCAAGGUUGAUCCUCCGAAUCCGGCUCUGAGAUUUGCCUCGUCUUAGUCAUGGUCGUUUUCAUGAUCCAAACUGCCGUCUCUUUCAGUGCCAUGAUCCUCAACGUCUGCGAGUGUAUGAGAUUCAGAAAUGUGUGUCGUUAGAGUUUAACACUCCUUUAGAUUAGAUUUGAAUAGUGAUGCACUCUCAAAGCCUCCUGCACGAGUUCAUUAGUUGCACAAGUUCUUUGAUGGUUUUGUGUUGUUUUCUCUUCAUGUCAAAGCCAAAUACAUUUGGAUGUUGUAUUAAGUACAGACAUUUUUAUAUACCUGUAUACGUACACACACUUACACAGUGUUGGGCCAACAAAGAUACAGGUUUAGAGAUAGUAACGUUCUGUAUUAGUUUAAACUAAAUUGCAGUGAUGCGGGUGUGUAUGAUUUAAAACUGGAAAGCAUUAGAGUGAAGAUGAAACCGGACACGUUCCCUCUUCCAGUCGCUGGUGUGUCGUUUCCUUUUUGUCAAGAAACUAAUGAUAUUUAUUAAUGCUGAUGUACUCCAACCCAGAGAUCCCUCCUCCAUAAAAGAAAUCUUCACAAAAUUUGAAUUUCUAUGUUAUUAAAGCCAUUUUGAAAGAA